AUGGCAACGCAGGCCUUAGAAGACAUUACUGAGAGGCUUCUCAUAAGAUCGCAGGAGGCUAUCUUGCAAUUAGAUCUUUGGAUACAACGCCAGCAGAGAUCAUCAGUAUGCCAGACGUCAGAUCAGGAGUCGUUGGAUAAGCUAUCUCAACAGUACAACCAGUAUAUGUCCCAACUGAAUUCUUUAUACGUCAGAUCGGAGUCUGUUCGAGACAAGUUGAGCAAAGAACAACAACGCAGGUUGAUCACAGAGGAUAAUGAGCAUCAACGCAUAGAAGACUUAGUUCAUGAAUUCCAGGAUAUUACUUCGAGGUUAAACGAGUUGGCGACUGUCCCGCAUGGAGUAUCUAACGAUUCGCCCCAAUCACAAUCCACAAGAAGUAGUUCAGGUUCAUUUCAACCUCGACCAUUAAAGAUUAUUGAAAGGCAGCGCGUAUGUAUGGUGACCCCAUCGAAACCACCAAAAAAGUCGGUAGGUUUCAACCCUAUUAAUGAUGUCGAUUGUCCCUCCAAAACAAAUUCAUUACCAUGCUCACCGAAAAAGCCACCUGCAAAAAAUCGUACUUUACGUGCUGCCAAAUCGCACGAUACUGGUUUGAAUAAGAGUAAAAAAAUGUCUUCCACUGAUGCAUAUGAAUCUUUUUUCAAGAAUAAACAGAGGCUUUCCUUGACCUUUUUCGAUGAAAUGGACGAUGAAGAUCUUGAUUCUGAUCAAGAUACUAUUAUUCUGCCCAAUAUAAGUACCCCUCCCCAUAUGAAUGUGACUGCUAAGGGUGCAGAAUUCGAACCUUUAAGAAGGUACAAUUCACACGAAAGUAUAUUAUCUAAUAAACCUGCUCCCAUCAUGUCUCUGUCCUUAGGAGGUUUUCCGGGCUCAUUCUAUAAACCAUCCCACCCAACAUUUGGAACUUCGACAUCUAAUGUGCAAGUUGACUGCCAUCCAACGAUUACUGUGUCGAUGGCUUCCAGACGCAAUGGCUGUUAUGCCCCAAGUUCAAAGGCAUUGUUGUCAUCAUUUAUUGCACGACCAGACAGAAUUGCAGCGAAACAGGAUCCCACAAAUCUUAAACAUACAUCGUUUUUGGACAAGUUCAAUUCGUCAUUAUCAACAAUAUCAGAAUCUUUCCAGAAUAAAAAAGGCAAAAAGAACAAGGACGUGAAUGAUGGACGAAUAUCAAAUCUGAACCACAUUGCAACACAAGAACAAAAAAAAAACAUCAUGGAUAUGAGCGUUUCCAUAGAAGAACUACAGGAUGCUUUGAAUACAGAGCUUCUGUUCUAA